UUGCAUUUCUGAACUUGCCCCACCAACGUAACGGUGACUCUGCAGCAGGGGUCUGAGCGUAAGUGCGGGGCGCGGAUCUCGAUAACGUAACCAUUAAGGUCCGUUAUCGCGAUUUAAGUCUUGGCACUCCCGGGCCCCCUACAUAAGUCGGCGUUUGACGGGAAUGUGGUUAACACCUCUAAUCGCAUCACAUCUGGGCGGUCACUCUUCAUCCCAUACCUCCUAUCCCAAUGCCCCCAGAUAAGCCGGCAUGAGGUGACAAGCGCCAUGGACUCACCGUUUCCCAAAUCCUCCUCUGCCGCCGGGGAGGGGCGCAUUGUCGUCCGGCUCCUUCCUGAGGGCAUUUCAGGGCUCGAGGCUUUCACAUAUCAGUAUCCACUCAAGCUCAUCACGCCCAUGCGCCCGCCCGAGACCAAGAGUGCCUUGGUCUUCAUAUUAUCAUACGGCGGGGGCCUUGUUGGCGGAGAUCAAGUCGACCUGUCCAUCGACGUGAAGACCGGCGCCAGGCUGAGUCUUGCCACGCAGGGCCACACCAAGAUCUUCAAGUCGCCCACGCGGGACAUUGUCACCAGGCAGAGGAUGCGUGUCAGCAUCGCAGCUGACGCCGCUGUCUGUCUGCUGCCAGACCCUGUUCAGCCGUUUGAGGCUAGUGUCUAUGAGCAGAUCCAGACAUUUCGGCUGGCGCAAAAUGCUUCCCUAUGUCUCCUGGACUGGGUCACUCAGGGGCGUUAUGCGCGUGGAGAGGACUGGAGCUUCGUCAGCUGGGUCGGUUGCAACGAGGUCUGGACGGUUGCGAACGGUCAAACAGCGCAGGAUCGGCUGCUUGUGAGAGACGCUGUUAUCCUUGACAGCAGUCGGGCCCACCCUCAGCUGCCUGUCCUGCGCGAGUCAAUGCAUGGGCUGGGCGUGAUCGGGACGCUAGUGUUGCGCGGACCAUUAAUGAAAGCCCUGGGCGAGUUCUUCCUGGCGGAGUUUGCUGCCCUUCCACGACUGGGAGCACGAGACUGGCGGAGCGACGACAUGAAGAAGGAGGCUGAUGCCCUUCUGUCGCCGCGGGAACAGUGGCGUGCCCAGAGGCUUGGGAUGGAAAAGGAGAGCAAGCUGCUCUGGUCUGCGGCUAAUGUCAGGGGUUGCGUUGUUGUCAAGUUCGGAGCUCCUACAGUUGAAGCUGGUCGACUUUGGAUCGGUUCUAUGCUUACGAGAGAGGGGAGCAUUUCACGACACUUCGGGGAGCAAGCGUUGAUGUGCGUAAAAUGACUGGAGUGCCGUUGAAUAAACAAAACAAGAAACCCGGCUCCCCCACGCGGUCUGAGCUUUAUAUUCAGAACGAUUGUGAAAAACAAAGAUUGAAGAUUUUUCUCCCGCCUGCAACUACUAUUUGUAUAUACAGUUGUUUGCUGACCAACAAUUCAUACCACUGCAUAAAAUGUACUGGCUCGUCAAGGCGGAUAUACCC